GCUGCUGAUCCCAGUCUUGCCCCUGCUGCUACCUAGUCCUGCCUCCCUGCAUCCCAGAAGAGCCACGUCGGCCUGCCUUUCCGUGUUGGAUUUUCCAAAACAGCUCUUCGGUUUUUGGUGCUGUAGGAGACCUUGCUUUUCAAUCACACGGGAGAACACUGAAGCUUGUAAGAGGAGAAUCUGGCAGCUGGACACAGCUUGGACUGCAUUGUCUGUCUUCAUGACCUCUGCUGUGUAGCAGCUCAUCUCUCCACUCUCACACGUACACUCUCCUCGAUUUUUCUUCCUUCCUUUUUUUCCUUUCUUCUAAUCUUUUAAAAGCAGCCUCUGGAGCCAGCCAUGUUUGGCGCUGAAUCUUCAUUGAGCAUGUUUUUGAACACAUUAACACCGAAGUUCUACGUGGCCCUGACAGGCACUUCGUCACUAAUAUCAGGGCUUAUUUUGAUAUUUGAAUGGUGGUAUUUUCGCAAAUAUGGAACAUCAUUCAUUGAACAAGUCUCAGUAAGCCACUUGCGCCCCCUUCUGGGAGGGGUUGACAACAACUCCUCCAACAAUUCUAACUCCAGUAAUGGGGACUCAGAUUCCAACAGGCAAAGCGUCUCAGAAUGCAAAGUAUGGCGAAAUCCACUAAAUUUAUUUAGGGGUGCUGAAUAUAAUCGGUACACUUGGGUGACUGGACGAGAGCCUCUGACUUACUAUGACAUGAACCUCUCUGCCCAGGACCACCAGACAUUCUUUACUUGUGACUCGGACCAUCUGCGUCCUGCAGAUGCAAUAAUGCAGAAAGCCUGGAGAGAGAGAAACCCCCAAGCUAGGAUUUCUGCAGCCCAUGAAGCCUUAGAGAUAAAUGAAAUUAGGUCCAGAGUUGAAGUUCCCCUAAUUGCUUCCUCUACCAUCUGGGAGAUAAAAUUAUUACCAAAGUGUGCAACUGCUUAUAUUCUCUUGGCUGAAGAAGAAGCAACAACCAUUGCUGAAGCAGAAAAGCUGUUUAAGCAGGCCCUGAAAGCUGGAGACGGCUGUUACCGGCGUUCUCAGCAGCUACAGCAUCAUGGAUCCCAGUAUGAAGCCCAACAUAGACGAGACACCAAUGUCUUGGUCUACAUCAAAAGAAGGCUAGCAAUGUGUGCCAGAAGACUCGGGAGGACCAGAGAAGCAGUGAAAAUGAUGAGAGAUUUAAUGAAGGAGUUCCCUCUCCUGAGCAUGUUCAACAUCCAUGAAAACCUUUUAGAAGCCCUUCUGGAACUACAAGCAUAUGCUGAUGUUCAGGCGGUCUUAGCAAAGUAUGAUGAUAUAAGCUUACCAAAGUCGGCAACGAUAUGCUACACAGCAGCCUUGCUCAAAGCGAGAGCUGUCUCUGACAAAUUCUCUCCCGAGGCUGCAUCUCGGCGGGGGCUGAGCACAGCAGAGAUGAAUGCAGUAGAGGCCAUUCAUAGAGCUGUGGAAUUCAAUCCUCAUGUGCCAAAAUACCUACUAGAAAUGAAAAGCUUAAUCCUGCCCCCAGAACAUAUCCUGAAGAGAGGGGACAGUGAAGCAAUAGCGUAUGCAUUCUUUCAUCUGGCGCACUGGAAGAGGGUAGAAGGGGCUUUGAAUCUUCUGCAUUGUACGUGGGAAGGCACUUUUCGGAUGAUCCCUUAUCCCUUGGAAAAGGGGCAUCUAUUUUAUCCUUACCCCAUCUGUACAGAAACAGCAGAUCGUGAGCUGCUUCCAUCUUUCCAUGAAGUCUCAGUUUACCCAAAAAAGGAGCUUCCCUUCUUUAUCCUCUUCACUGCUGGAUUGUGUUCCUUCACAGCCAUGCUGGCCCUCCUGACACAUCAGUUCCCGGAACUCAUGGGGGUCUUUGCGAAAGCUAUGAUUGACAUUUUCUGCUCGGCAGAGUUCAGGGACUGGAAUUGCAAGAGUAUUUUCAUGCGUGUUGAAGAUGAACUGGAAAUCCCACCGGCACCUCAAUCUCAUCAUUUUCAAAACUGAACUCAUCACCCUUCUUCCCCCACCACCACAACUGCUCCUUCUCCUGUAUUCCUGAUCUCCGCCAGUGGCACUGAUAUCCACCCAGUUACUCAAGCCAGAAACUCAGCAGCCCUCCCAAACUCUUCCCUCUCUCACUCCUUAUAUCCUGUCUGUCUUGGCUUUCACAGUCUGUCGGCUCUAACCUCCUGAGCCACUAGGCAUUCGGUAAAUGUAAUUCGCCUCUUCUUCCCUUCCUUCUUCUCCCAUGGCUGUCUCUUAGUUUGGAUCUUUGUGAUUUCUUGCCUGGACACCUGCAAGAGUCUUAACUGGUCUCCUUGCUUCCAGUCUUAUCCUCUGCCAGUAUUUCUUUCAUACUGACAAAAGAAUGAUCUUUCUAAAUUGCAAGUCUGAGCAUGUCACUUCCCUGCUUGAAUUUCUUCAGUAGUUUCCCACCAGCAUCAGGAUAAAGUCCCAGAUCUUUAGCAUGGCAUACAGGGUCCUUUAUGAUCUGGCCCUUGCUUUCCUCUUCAGCCUCAUCUCUCUCCCAACUCUUGCACAGACACUGGUCUUGGGUCACAGUGAAUUGCUCACCAUUCCCAGAUGCUCUUGUGAGCCUCGGUGCCUUUGCACGUACUGUUUGCUCUGCAUGGAAUGCCCUUCCCCAUUAUCAUCAGCACUUGUACAGUCUACUAACGCCUCUUCAUUCUUUUAUACUCAGCUUCCUUUCUAAGUUUCUCCCAAGCUGAGUUAGAUGUUUCUCCUCUCAGCUCCCACAGUAUUCCAUGAAUACCUAUAUUACGUUUAUUGUACUGUAUUAUAAUUGUUAAAAACUUGUCUGACCCCCUUGUAGAAUGUGAGCUCUUUGCGAGCAGGACUGUGUCUUCCUCAUCUCUGUAUCCCCAAAGCUUUGCACAGUGCCUUGCACAUAGUAGGUUUUCAA